UGAGGCAGGAUCCUCCUGGUUGCUAUGACUUCAGGCCAGUGUCUGUAUGAAAUGCAAGCAGGCUGCGCUCCUCAGUGAGAAGGUUUCACCGCUGACUGUUUGGACAGCGAGGACAGGACAGGGUUCAAAGAGAAACCGCGGUCUGUCACGGCUUGACACGGCGGCCAGACCAGACGCCGCUUUUGGUGAGGGGACCCGGAUCCUGUCAGCUGGAACGGGACGAUUUUCAAGACUGAAAAAAGAACAAGAAGAAGAAGAAGAAGAAGAGGCAAGCACCAGUUUCUCGAUGUUGGAAUAACCUGAACGUUGUCACAGUCGUCCUUCUUCUCUUCUUCUCGGACUGACUCUGGCGUCUGUGUCGUAACUCUGGACGGCGAGGGCGGCCUGGUGGAUGUGCGUGUUUCACGGUGGAUGUGGAAAGAGAGAGGAGGAGGCUUGAAGUUGAGAGAGAGCAGCAGCUGGCUCCAGAAUGGGCUGCGAUCCAUGAAUCCAAUUGGAGGAUUAGGAUGGUUUUUGUUACUUUUGACAUGCCUCUGGCUUCAAUGGGUCAGGCUCGACGGAGGAAGAACAUGACAGAGUUCCUCGGAGAGACGAAUAUUCCGACCCCGGAUGCUCUGGGACAGAUCGGUGGCUCCCUGCCCAGCGUUGGAGCCGGGCCUGACAGCUGGAAGAACCGCGCUGCCAGCCGCUUCAGUGGCUUCUUCAGCUCAAACGCCGGAGGAGGCGCCUUCGGAAAGGAGUUGGACCGUCUGGAGCAGCUCCAGAGCAAACUGCACUCCUACUCCAUGUUCGGGCUGCCGAAGGUGCCGCGGCAGCUCUCCUUCCACCAGGACUCCUGGGAGGAGGAGGAGGAGGAGACCAACCUGGCGCUGGAGGACAGUUGGCAGAUGCUACUGGACAACUCAGAGACACUAACGAGGCGACAGUCCCACCAGCAGGAGGCAAUAUGGGAGCUGCUGCACACGGAGGCAACGUACAUAAAAAAGCUCCGAGUCAUCACUGAUCUGUUCCUGAGCGGGCUGCUGAACCUGCAGGAGAGCGGCCUGCUGACGGAGGUGGAGCCCAACAAGAUGUUCAGUAACAUCCAGGAGAUCGUCUGUCUCCACACGGCUCUGUGGAACCAGGUCAUGCUGCCGGUCCUGGAGAAGGCCAGGCAGGCUCGGGCCCUGCUCGACCCCACGGACCUUCAUCACGGCUUCAGGACGUUUGGCUCCAGGUUCCAGCCGUACAUCCGUUACUGCAUGGAGGAGGAGGCCUGCAUGGAGUACAUGCGCACACUUCUCAGGGACAAUGAGCUCUUCAGGACCUACGUCACGUGGGGAGAGACCCAUAAGCAGUGUAACCGUCUGAAGCUCGCCGACAUGUUGGCAAAGCCUCACCAGAGACUGACCAAAUAUCCACUCCUGCUCAAGAGUGUUCUCAAGAAGACGGACGAGCUGUCGGUCCGAGACAUUGUCAACAGCAUGGUCGCCUCCGUAGAGGGCUUCAUCAACAGCGUGGACUCCCAGAUGCGACAGCGUCAGGAGCAACAGAAGCUGGCGACCAUCUCCGCCCGCAUCGACUCCUACGAGGCUGUAGAGGGCAGCAGCGAUGAAGUGGAGAAGAUCCUCAAAGAGUACAACCGCUUCGACCUUAUGGCUCCCAUGAGAGGAAUAUCACCUGAGGAGACUCGACAGCUGCACCUAGAGGGAGCGCUGAGGAUGAAGGAGGGCAAAGACAGUAGGAUGGACGUCUAUUGCUUCUUGUUCACUGACCUGCUGCUAAUUACCAAACCGGUGAAAAGAGAGAAAGUAAAAGUCAUCCGACAGCCUCUCCUCAUGCACAAUGUCGUCUGCAAAGAGCUCAAAGAUCCCGGCUCGUUCAUCCUCAUCUACCUCAAUGAGUUCAAGAGUGCAGUGGCGGCCUACACUUUCCAAGCCAACAGCGCCACCCAGGGGCGAAGCUGGGUCGAUGCAGUCUGCAACGUCCAGAAUCAACUCCAGAGGCUUCACACUGAGGAACUCCUCCGACAGCAGAACAAGAGACGUGUGGCUGGUGAGGAAGAUGAGGAGGAGGAAGAUGAGAGCAGCAACUCCACCACAAGUUCCCCCUGCAUGAGGCACAAAGACCAGCAGAACUCCAGCCAAUCAGAUGGCUCCACUGAGACUCUGUCAGUGAUGGACAUCGACGAACAAGGAGAGCCUCCCGCCCCCAACAUGAACCUCCAGGGAACCAAGAAGACGGACUCAAACGUCUCCGCUCUGUCUGAAGAGUCCGAGAUCCAGCAGUCCCAGUCCUCGACCCCCCACAGAGUCCACUCCAGUAUUUACUCUGAGCAGGAUCAGGACCAGGAUCAGGACCAGGAUCAGGAGCCCGAGUCCGAUGGCGACAAGCUGGACCCUCAGUGUCGCUCCCUCUCCAUGGACAGCGCCUACGGUACCCUCUCCCCUGAAUCCCUCCUGAGAGAACUGCAGCCUCAGCCGGGUCAGAGCGAAGGAGAGGAGACGGAAGAGGAGGGAGAGAGGGAGGGCCGCGAGGUGGAGCAGGAAGAGGUAGAACUAGAGGAGGUAGAAGAAGAAGAAGAAGAAGAGCAGGAAGAGGAAGAGGAAGAGGAGGAGGACUCUGCCUCGCUGGGCUCCCAGCUGUCAGUCGUCCAGUCCUCUAAACCUCGCCGGCGACCUCACGUUCAGUCGCGGCUCCACUGCCUCCAGCGGCCGUCCACUCUGGUGUUAUCUCGCUCCGAGGACAAUCUCCUGCAGCGCCUCCACGGUAAAACCCCCAUCUCCCACUCCCACUCACUCAGCCCCAAAUCAAAGGUCCCAUCUAAACUCUGCGACAUGGACGCAUCAUUGCUGCCGCACAGUAAGAGCCUGUCGGAGCUGGGCCUAAACUGCCUGGAGCUGUUUACCAGCGACCCCGACCGGUCCGAAGUCAGCCCGACCUCCGAUGAACUGUGCUCCACCCGGAGGCGAGCGGAGGUCAGGCACGCCCACAGCGCGGCACCUGCCGGGUCGUGCGAGGCUAACGAGUCGCACUGCAACAGCUCAGACGGCGAGACGGCUCCUUCUGCCUGCGUGGAGAGGAAAUGUGACUCAUCGACCGCCGGAGAUUCAGGGGAAGUGUCGCCCAAAAAGAGGAAAUCACCGGCUCCGCAGCACAAGAAGCUGACGUUAGCUCAGCUGUACAGGAUACGCACCACUCUCGUCCUCAACUCCACUCUCACUGCAUCGGAGGUAUAACCACUCUUCCACACAGCUGACCGGUGGCACGUUGGGCCGAAUAAAGAACAACACUUGUUUUGCAUGGAUGGACUGAAUUUCUUGAGACACAAAUGCACUCGCUCUCUUACUGCCCUCUCCCUUCCUUUUUUUUUUUUUUUUUUUGGACACUGACCAUAACAAUUUAUUGAACAGUACAGUAACAAUCCUUUUUUUUUUUUUUUCUUUUCUUUGCUGUUGCAUUGAUUUCCGAUACUUCCCGAGGGGAAGGGAGAGGCAGAGAGACAUUAACUGCUUGCACUUUGCAACGGAAGUAGCAUUAUGGGGGCUGGGACCUUAAGGUGGAGUCAGAGAGAGAGAGAGAGGUGGAGAGAGGAGGAGGAGAAGGAGACAUCCGAGGCGGAGGUGACGAGGCCUUUAGGCAGAGGUCCUCAAAAACCCUUGAAACCCUUUCUGCACCGGAGAAGAGGCGGAGCUUGAAAUCCUGCCACCUUCGAAAAGAGAGGGACAUUUAAAGUCUUGAAAAUGCUCUCUACGACACACGGUUGAACUAAAAACAGCACCAAGGACGUCCUGAUAUUUGUACUACUCCUGGUUUGCUUCAACAAAAGAGACAUAAAAAAAAAAGAAAAGAAAA